UCUUGUUAAGACUUCCCGUAAAAUCUGUCGAAGCACCGGAGAUGUUCUAUAAAAGAAAAAACGGCGACUGAAAAAUCGGGCUUUUAGAAGAACCAAAUUUAUCGUUCCCCGAAUCAAGUUUUUUUUCCUUUCGACUCCGCAUAACACAAGUGUAAAAGAACUGAAAGAGUCAAUUCUCUGACACUCCCCUCAGAAGCCCAAACUGGAUUAGUAGUCUGAAACCCUAACCUGUUCUUUCUUUUUCUCCUAUCAAUUGCUCAACAAAAUCCCUCACAGAGUCUAUUGCUCUAUAAUUAACCUUCCAAACUGAGGAAAAAUCAUCAAUGGAAUGCGUGGUUGAAGGUAUCAUAGAGACUCAGCAUGUUGAAGCUCUGGAAAUUCUUCUUCACGGCCUUUGUGGUGCUCCCAAAGAACGUCUAAAGAUCCAUGAGUUUUGCCUAAGAAGUGGACCAAACCUUGGAGUUGUAAGUUCAGAACUUCGAAUUUUGUGUGAUCUUGAGCAGCCAAAACCAACAUGGACUGUUCGUCAGGUUGGAGGUGCCAUGAGAGGUGCUGGUGCGGAACAACUUUCUGUCCUAGUGCGAAGUAUGAUAGAAAGUAAAAUAAGCAAGAAUGGCCUGCGGUUCUUUUACAUACUUGGUUACAAGUUAGACCAUGAACUUUUAAAGGUUGGGUUUGCUUUCCAUUUUCAGAAGGUUGUUCCUAUCACAGUCACUGUAACAUCUGUUCAUAAGAUGUUGAAGCUCCAUGCGACGGAUGAGGCUGUGCCGGUUACACCAGGAAUACAACUGGUUGAAGUGACUGCCCCAGCAUCUGCUGACAAUUAUAGUGAAGUUGUUGCUGCUAUAUCUUCUUUCUCUGAAUAUCUUGCGCCGCUUCUGCAUUUGUCAAAACCUGGAGUUUCAGCUGGGGUUGUUCCUACUGCUGCUGCCGCGGCAGCGUCUCUUAUGUCAGAUGGUAGAGGAAAGACCCUCUAAAAGUAAGAUUCUGCCGCUGGAAAGACCCUCUAAAAGUAAGAUUCUGCCGCUUCAAAUUGUUCCGAAAACACGAGAAGUGUGAUUGCCAUCAAGUGUGUUUACCGUUCAGUGGAAAUUCAAUCCAUAGAAGGAUUUCCAUGCAUGGUACCAUAGUUUUGUACAUUGCAAAUAUUGCCCUUUUGAUAGUGAACUGUGAGAUUUAGCAUCAAUGAAAAACAAGGUUCCUCUUCAUUUUGGAACCGCAGCGAAUGAAUGAAACGUAUUAAUAAUUUUUGAUACGUAUUAA